CAGACAGCCGGGAUUGGCGCUGACGAUGGGCGUGGAUUGGGAAACGUCCGUCAGCAAACAGACAUAUUUGUCAUUCCUCUCUCGGCGACCGUUGGAAUAAAAAUCUUUCUGAUUUUAUUUGAAUAAUCGCUUUUAAAUCCCGUAAUAGACAUUCGCAAACAUCAAGAUGUUCUACACGUGUGGACCCAACGAAGCCAUGGUUGUCAGUGGUUUUGGCCGCUCUCCUCCUUUAAUGAUUGCUGGAGGACGUGUCUUUGUUCUCCCAUGUAUUCAACAGAUCCAGAGGAUCACGCUCAACACGCUAACGCUCAACGUGAAGAGUGACAAGGUCUACACCCGCCGUGGCGUCCCCGUCUCUGUAACUGGCAUUGCACAGGUGAAGAUCCAGGGGCAGAACAAGGAGAUGUUGGCCACGGCCUGCCAGAUGUUCAUGGGCAAGUCGGAGGCGGAGAUUUCCCAGAUUGCCCUGGAAACUCUGGAGGGUCACCAGAGAGCCAUUAUCGCCCAUUUAACAGUGGAGGAGAUCUACCAGGACCGUAAGAAGUUCUCUGAGCAGGUCUUUAAGGUGGCCUCCUCUGACCUGGUCAACAUGGGUAUCGGUGUGGUCAGCUACACCCUCAAAGACGUCCACGAUGACCAGGACUACCUUAAUUCUCUGGGUAAAGCCAGAACAGCCCAGGUGCAGAAGGAUGCCAGGAUAGGAGAGGCUCAGUACAAACGUGACGCCGUCAUCAGGGAGGCGCACGCCAUGCAGGAGAAGGUGUCUGCUCAGUACAAGAAUGAAAUUGAAAUGGCAAAAUCCCAGCGAGACUACGAGCUGAAGAAGGCGGCCUACGAUGUUGAGGUCAACACCAAGAAGGCGGAGUCAGAGAUGGCCUAUCAGCUUCAGGUGGCCAAGACAAAGCAGCGCAUCGAAGAGGAGAAGAUGCAGGUUCAGGUGGUGGAGCGGUCUCAGCAGAUCCUGCUGCAGGAGCAGGAGAUCAUCCGCAAAGAGAAUGAGCUGGAGGCCAAGGUGAAGAAGCCCGCUGAAGCUGAGAAGUACCGUUUGGAGAAGCUGGCUGAGGCUCAGCGUCUGCAGCUCAUCAUGGAGGCAGAGGCCGAGGCCGAGUCCAUCAGAGUCAAAGGUGACGCCGAGGCUUUCGCCAUUGAGGCCAAGGGUCGUGCCGAUGCAGAGCAGAUGGCCAAGAAGGCCGAGGCCUUCCAGCAGUACAAAGAUGGAGCCAUGGUGGACAUGCUGCUGGAGCAACUGCCUCUGAUGGCAGAGGAAAUCAGCAAGCCACUGUGUCAGACCAAGAAGAUCACCAUGGUGUCCAGCGGCGGCUCAGAGGUCGGGGCGGCCAAACUGGCAGGAGAAGUCCUGGAAAUCAUGAACAGACUUCCUGCCACCAUCGAAAAACUGACAGGAGUGAACAUCGCUCUGAAUCAUACGACUGGUGUCCAUUAAGGAGGAGGCGGAGACUUGAAGGAGGCGGGGCUUCGUCACGCCUGCUGACAGCAGCAGCUUCACUCCUCUUCACCACUGUCAUGACUACGGCAGCAUCAUCAUCAUCAUGUUGUACCUGCAUGUGUUCAACUCCAGUGUCUGUUUUGUUACCUCAGUUAUUCUCUAGGGGGCAGCAAAAACAAGCGUACACGGUCAGAGUGUCAAUGAAUGCAUCUGUGUUUUUGUGGAGCACGAAUGUUUUUACUUUCUCGUCACAAUCGCCUCAUCAUCCCCUCUGAGGGACCACUAAUAGAAACCUUAGACAUUUGUUUUUAUCAUUUUUAAGUUAGAAAAUUAUUUUAGUUUUUUAAAUUUUUUUUAAUUUCUGUGCCUUUUAAAUUUACCGAAUGCUGUUGUGACCUCCUAACACCUGCCCCUCCCUGUACUCUUUGCUUGACAUAACCAAACGUCACUGUUCAAAAAGGUCAACUAGUCCUACGUGGUAACUUGGCGAUAACUGACUACUACACAGAGCCAAGGUCUGUUUGUAAGUGGAUGAAUUCUCAGCUACAGAUUGAAGGAAAAGGAAGUGGUCGGUGGAACGAUGCGUCUGAGGUUUUAUGAAGAAGGCGGUGAAAGUGUGUGGCAGGAACGCGUCCUGACGUCUGUAUCGUCUCACAGUAAAGUAGGACAGCUAACUAACUCACUAACCAACAUGUUGCUUUGAUGUGCUUGUCGUACGAAACCACAGCCAGUAUACUCUGCUGUGUGUCCUUCUGUUUUCUAGCUGCUGUUGUAUAUGAAGCAGAUGUUAGUUUUGUAUCUGUAGAGAUUGUUGCUCCAGAACCUCUGGAAAUUUAAGGAGUUUUUUUUUUUUUUUACCCACAGUUUCCUCCGAUGCCUUUCAACCUAACUGUAUGUUUUCCAGCUGAAAGCCAUAAUCAUCUCUGCUACCUUCAAGUGCCUGGUGAAAAACUCCUCAACUGCCAUGUCACUGUGGCUCCACUUCUGUCAGGGAAAAACUCUGAAGCCGUCAGCCCUCACUGACGGCUGUCAAUCAAACCUGAAAGCUAUUCUUUGUACGUUCUGAGACUUUGCUGAUCAAUGUGCCGUUUGCUGCAUGUUUCUAUUUUUCACAUGACUGGGUCGAUAUAAAUGUGUGAAGAUUAUACUGUAGUUAGUGUUAUGUUUCCAACACCUGAUGUGUAGUCAAAUGUUUUAUGAUACAGUAGACAAUAAAAUGUGACCUAAUCACAGGA